GAUAACUGACACUUUUCUUUUGGACAACUCAAAAACAAUUCCAAAUUGGAGCCAAUUAAGAGAAAGCUGACCCCAAGCCGCCAGUAGCUUGCUGCUUCGAUCGGUGGCAUUGGAUUGAAGAGGACUCCUGGGCAAAAUGGUCAGCCAGUUGCCCGCCCAGUCCGCCCAUCUCGCCAAGCUCGCUCCAUCCGGUCCGGUGUCCGUUGCCGUGGUCAGCAACUUGCAGAGGCCUCGUUCGAGUUCCCGCCACAGGACACUCGUCGCGAUCCUGGUCUCCAGUGACCUGGGAGCCUACAUCAGGAGUCUUGCGGCAAACUUGGCCGCAAAGGUAUGGGCGCUUUUUCGCCCGGGUCUGCAGGUCACCUACAAGAAGGUUCCAUUGUCUCCGGAGUUGGAACGAAAACUGGCCGAGAUGAGCAGAAAGACGCUGGUGCUCGACCUGGACGAGACCCUGGUACACUCAUGCUACCUCGAUCCCGAUACGCACGAAAAUGUGGGCUGCCAUUCGCUGCCUGAAGGCGCCAAACCGGAUUUCUUGCUCAACGUUACCCUGGAGGGGAUCGAACCAAUAGCCUUCCAGGUCUUCAAGCGGCCGCAUGUCGACCAGUUCCUGCACUUUGUGUCCCAGUGGUACGAUUUGGUGAUCUACACCGCCAGCCUGGAGGCCUAUGCCGACCAGGUGGUGGACUUACUGGACGCGGGACGAGGCAUUAUGCCCCGACGCCUCUACAGGCAGCACUGCCGCAACUUCUCGCCGCUGGUCACCAAGGACCUGACCCUGGCCAGUCCGGACAUGAGUGGCACCUUCAUCAUCGACAACACGCCGUUCGCCUACCGCGAUUUUCCGGAAAACGCCAUUCCCAUCAAGUCGUUCAUCUACGAUCCGGAGGAUACGGAGCUGCUGAAGCUGCUGCCCUUCCUCGAUGCCCUGCGAUUCACCAAGGACGUGCGCUCGAUCCUCGGAAGGCGAGUGGUUGCCACCUCCCAAUCGGUUUUGGGAGCCAGACCUCGCGAGUCACGUCCUUAAAAAUAAAGUAACAAUAAACAAGUCUGGUUUUCAACAAAUUUAUAUUUUGCAAUUUUCUUAAAAUUUGUAUUACAAAAUUCUAUCAAUGUUUUUCAAGCCUGCAGUAUUCUUGUACCACACAAUUAAAAUUCUUUUAAGUUAUAUUAAUUUCAAAUGAAAGAUGCCUUAUUGUAGUGGAUAAUGUCACAAUAAACUUCAAAUUCAGUUAGUAUUCAUA